GAGAAAUUUAAUUGCAAGUCACAAUUUCUCCCGGCGACCAUCGCUUUCAUCUCCUCUCGUUAUCGGAGGGAAUGUCCGUUUCCCGUAUGAUGAUAACGUUAAUCUCGACUUCCCUUUCCCACAAAUCCCAGUCUUCGGCUAUCUGCUUCUCUUCCAACUCGAUCUCCCUUCUCUUUAAAUCCCGACUUUUGAGCGAUCUCGGCUUCACGCUGAACAGGCUUGCGAUGGUUUACACUCGGGAGUUACACACAGAGGCAACUAAAUCGCUAUCCUCGUCGGCUUCGGGUGAGAUUAACGAUUUACCUGGUCCUAUGUUUUCCGGCAAAGCGACAACGAUCCUACGGCGGAUGCUGGCGGAUAGGAGAAACUGGCAGGUGGAGCAUCAGGGAAAGAAAGUGAAGCUGGACAAGACAUUAAAGGGCCUGUGUGUUACAGGGAGGUUGAGAGAAGCUGUUGGUCUACUAUGGCGUAGCGGGUUACAAGUCGAGCCUGGUACUUACGCUAUGCUGCUGCAGGAAUGCAAACAGAGGAAGGAGUAUACGAGAGGGAAACGGGUACAUGCUCAAAUGGUUGUUGUAGGGUUUGCUCCUAAUGAGUAUUUGAAAGUGAAGCUCUUGAUACUCUACGCCUUAUCAGGUGAUCUUCAAACAUCUUGGAUCCUCUUUCGUAGUUUGCAAUCGAGGGAUUUGAUCCCGUGGAACGCAAUGAUAUCAGGGUAUGUGCAAAAGGGUCUUGAGCAAGAAGGGCUUUACAUGUAUUACGAUAUGAGACACCACAGGGUAGCUCCGGAUCAGUACACGUUUGCUUCAGUGUUUAGAGCUUUCUCUCUCAUAUUUGAAUCAUGUGAUGGUGGAGAAGCUCCGGAAAAUCUGUCGUGGUUCAGAAGCCAGUUUUUGUUUGGAUGGCUAACAAAACUAGAAUUGGUUUGGGAGCAUCAACUUUAG